AUACAAGAUAAGCCCUUUAGCGUUUCCGGAUGACCUCAGCUCCAAUGCCUGUGCUGCAUCACGCCUGUAUCGCGUGAGCUGUCUUGAACUGUCUUCUUUAUCUAUUUCACUAUUUCACACCACUAUUGAUGCCAAUGCAUACACAUAUUUUCUUGUCGGAGUGAAAGUCUAAAUAAGGUCUAGUAUUCUAGUUCUCUUCUCUUAUUUGUCUUCCGCGUCACCACAUCUACCAUUUGCCAGGCAGGAAACCAGUUUAUAAUCGGGUCGACGUCCAACUUUCAACCGUUGCUGCGGCACCCCAACGAUAUCUAUAGUCUUAUAACCUCCCGCCCUCUAACUCGAACCGGCCGGCCUGCCUCGUGAUAACCACCCGAUACUACAAUACUUCGUACAUACAUUCUAGGCAACCAACCAAUCAUUCAAUUCGUAGAGCAUCCAGUCCGCGCGGACAUCUUGGACACGAUGGGUCUUGCGUAUAAUACGUAUCUUAACAGCAACAAGAUCUACGGAUGCAAGAACUGCAAAGCACAUCUUGCGAACCACGAGGAGAUCAUAAGCCGAAACUUCCGUGGCCAACAUGGUAAGGCCUAUCUGUUCAACACGGUCGUCAACAUCGACGCGGGGGAGCCGUCCGAGCGCAGCAUGACCACGGGCCGCCACAUCGUUCGCGACAUCACGUGCAAGCAGUGCAAGGAGACCGUCGGCUGGAAGUACGACCGCGCCUACGAGUCCAGCGAGAAGUAUAAGGAGGGGAAGUUCAUCCUCGAGGCCGAGCUGCUGUGUAAUGUGAGCUAGACGGCUCGUCGAUCGAUCGACCUACCUACCCAUCUACUUACCUGGAUCGAACGUUAUACCGGUCGUGUGCGCGGGAUCGUAGACAGGUUCUGCUGGAGGUCUGGGCGGCUGAGAGUUUGAUCAGUAAGCCGUGCGUUAUGUCUUCCGUCGGCUAGCGGAAAGAGGUGGGAUUAAGGUCUUUACAACGCGUGUGUUUUAUCCUGGGUAGCGUGGGAAAGCAUGGUUCAAGGCGUUCGCGGGUACUACAAGUGGGUUUCUACAACAAUGACUUCUUAGACCAGACAGGGGGUGGCGAAAGCUCUCAUUUAUUUACAGCAGUUUGCAUGUUCGUAUCCGCAGCCGAUGGUUAGGUGCCUAUGUGGUCUUCCGAAGUUUGAUAGGUUUCCCAGUUUGACGAACUUCAUGAUAGCUGUUUUCUCUAUUUAUGUGUCUUCCGUAGGUAGGAUAGAUACCUAAGCCAUUAUACGUUGUUUUCGUGUA